AUGCUGAAAAGCGGGAUCCUUCACCUCUGCGGAGAGGACACCACGGGCUGGAACGAGCAGUUCACCAUGCUUACGUCAUACGAGCAGCAAGCCGCUGAGGCGGCCGCGGCCAGCUUGACACCGGGGGACAUGGGGCUCGAGCAAACCAAGCUGCGCAUUCGCGAAGACUUCCGCUAUGUGCUGACUGCAAGAAGAAGCAAUAACGGGAAAACUUGA